AUCACACCAAAUAUUCCUGGCCCCUACCUUUUCUACAUCAAAAAAGAAGCUGAAACGAGUCCUACAAUUGGAAACAUUGUACUUAAUGACACUUUAGACUACAGGUUGAACACCUUUUACCAACUAAGUAUCCUGGCCAAGGACCAAGGUGGGAUACUCAAUGGUAUAUAUAUUCAACAAAACUCAACAGCCUAUGUAUCUAUAAAUGUUCGGGACGUGGCAGAUUUAGGCCCUGAAUUUAUUGGAGCUCCUUAUGUGACUUCUAUUUAUGAAAACACUGGACUAGGCAAAAUUGUUCAAAAAGUUUCAGCCAUUGAUGCAGACAGAGGAAUUAAUGAUAAAAUCAAUUAUUCCAUCAACAGUUCCACAGUGAGUGGUCUCUUCAGUAUAGAUUCGUUGACUGGAGAAAUUAAUGUAACUGGCAGCAUAGACAGAGAGGAAUUACUGGAUUAUGAUGAACAAAUUAUACUGACUGUGAUGGCCAAAGAAAAGGAUUUAAAUAUAUAUGGACAAAUUGCAGCAACAACUACUACUGUUACAAUCCGUAUAUUAGAUGAAAAUGAUAAUAAACCUCAGUUUUACAACUGUGAGGUAACUGACUGUGAUUUCAAAACUGACCUUGAGAUAAACUUCUAUGGAGAAGUAGAAGAACAUUCAUCUGUCCGGGUACCAGUGGCAAAUCUCACCAUCACUGCUAAUGACCCUGAUAAGGAUCAGAAUGGAGCCUUCAACCUGUAUUUAAGGGGAAAGGAUGCUGACUGUUUUACAGUAUCUCCAGCACGAGUGAUUAACACUGGUUUAGUCCAGGUUCUUAUUAAAGAUCCUGUGGCUAUUGACUAUGAAAUUGUUCACAAGAUGUAUGUAGAGAUUGUGGCUAAUGACACUGGCAAUUCAGUUGAUUGCUGCUCCAUAGCUUAUGUGACCAUCGAUCUGAUAGACAUAAAUGAUCACAUUCCGGAAUUUGCUGAUCCAGUAUAUGAGCUUCAGGUUGAAGAGCAUUGUCCAAAUGGUACCAUUAUAAGAACAAUUACGGCAACAGACCCUGACUCUGGAAUUUUUGGAUUAAUUACAUAUGGCUUACUACCACCAUCCAUACUUAACUCUUUCAACGUGAAUCCUUCUACUGGAGAAAUCACAGUGGUCAAUGGGGAUCUUUUGGAUCGAGAACGGCUUUCUCAGUAUUAUGCCACUCUGCAAGCUCGGGAUGGAAUGAAUGCCACUGGAACUACUCUUCUAGAGAUCACUUUAAUUGAUAUUAAUGACUGGCCUCCAGAAGCAAUAGGGACAUAUAAUUUAUUUGUCUAUGAGAACACUGACGAGGUCUUCAUUGAGAUUAAGGCUAUUGAUAAUGAUGAACCAGGCAAUAAUAACAGCAUAAUAAGAUUCCGGUUACUACCAGGUUACUUAAGUGAAAAUUUCACAAUUAAUUCUACCACUGGCAUUAUCACCAGCUUUGCUCCUUUGGAUCGAGAAGAAAUUGAUAUAACAAUGAAGGGACGCAUUGAACUUACAGUAGAAUUAUAUGAUCUGGGAUACCCCUCUCUAUCAUCUGAAGUAAUCGUGACUAUUAAUUUUGAGGAUUUAAAUGACAAUGUUCCAAUUUUUACUCAAGAACAAUACACAUUUUCUGUUAAUGAAAGUACAAUAGGAGCCUUUGUUGGGAGCCUCAAUGCCAGUGAUGCAGAUCAGACUGAAUUAAACAACCGUGUUAGUUUCCGUAUUUCUCAAGGCGGAUCCGGAAACUUUAUAAUCCGAGGACAACAAGAGGCUCUAGGCCAAUAUAUUGGGGAGCUGUUCUUAGAUCCUGAAGUCCAACUGGAUUAUGAGCAGCAGAAGAUUUAUACUUUAAUUGUUGAAGCACAGGACUAUGGAUUUCAAGGCGUCAGCAACACUGCAAGUGCCACAGUUACUGUACAAGUGCUUGAUCUCAAUGAUGAACCUCCAUAUAUAGACCCAUCAACUCUGGUGGAUCUCUAUGUUGUUGAAAAUAGGACAGGUGAUCCAGAGCAGAUUGCACUUCUAAAUGCCACUGAUCCUGACACAGUCCAUCAUCUGGAAUUCCAGUCAUUGACUGUUUCCUGCUUUAAGAAUUCUAAAGAUGCAGGCAGCAUCUGCUACGACUGGUUGUGGCUGGCACAUGAUGGACGGCUGUUUUUGAAUCACACUGAAGAUGUUGAUUAUGAGCUUUGCGACCGGAUGGACAUGCUGCUUCGUGUAGAGGAUACGUUCGCACUUCUUGGGAACAGAUACAGCAACAAUGUGACCCAGAGAGUGAUUAUACAAGAUGCCAAUGACAAUGCCCCAGAAUUCUUAGAAAGUACACAAGCAUUUGUGGUAAUACCUGAAACUGCUGUCAUCAACACUGAAGUGGCAUCUGUCAAGGCACAAGACAAAGACAGUGGGCUAAAUGCUGAGCUAAUCUUUUCCAUUGACAAAGUGGAUUUUAUAUUUUCAACUGGUGGAGUCCAGCAACUUGGCAAUUUAUUCACUGCCAUCACCAUUAACGAAAAUAAUAUUUACAUUGGUUCCAUCAGGGUUGCCAGCAAUCUGGAUAGAACAUUAAAGGGGCAAUACAAUGUAACAGUCAGAGCGAUGGAUAAAGGAAACCCUCCACUUAUUACCACCCGCUCUCUAACUAUAUUUACAAUAGAUGAGUCUUAUCGAUCUAUAUUGCGCUUCUCAAAGACAGUGGAUGAAGUGACAGAAGCCGUGGUCUCGAUCAUGGGGCAACUGUCAAUGGCGACUGGUGCAUCAGUAUUUGUCUCUGGGAUUGAAUCUGAGGAAGACACAAGCAGAAAAAAUUCUCGAGCUACACAACAAACGAUCCUAUCAGCAUACUGUGUGUUCGCCAAUGGUACUGCCAUAACACCAGAUGAACUCAGCAGAAUUAUACAAGGUAAUGAAGAAGUUCUGCGUAACCUGCUGGGACUUGGCCUCACUCUCAUUGGAACAGUGCAGCCUCCACUGGAAACAGGAAACAAAAUACUUUAUGGAAUCAUUGCAGGACUUGGAUGUGUUGUAAUCGUUCUUAUCAUCAUCAUGAUCAUCUCUUUGGUCUGUAUGAGAAAAAGUCAUAAGAGGAAAUUACGAGCUGUCAAAGCUUCAAAAGUUGCAAAAUCUUUACCUGGAGAAGCUGUGCAAGGAGUAGAGGCCAUACCCGGUACCAACAAAUUCAACUCAGACGGUGCCAACCCUAUGCUGAAUGUUGAUAUGGGUACCCUUUUAGACCUGGGUUUUGAAGAAACCAGUUCUGAUAGUGAUUCUGUCAGUGUGCACUCUAAUUACAGUAAUAUCGUUGGUGGGGCAAGAGAUGACACCGCUAUCUACCAGGGGCGACAUGAGGACCUGAUCAGCGGCUAUAGGACUAUAGGAUUUAGGUGA